AUGAGAGUGAAAUUUUUAAAUGUAUUUUAUUUAUUUUUGUUCUUCAAAUUAACUUUAGGUAGAGGUAUUCGAUCUGAAAGUGAGCAAUUUUCUCUCAAUAGUGAUUUUACAAAUGGUAAAAAAAUACAAGGAAUAGAUCAUUCAUUAAUAAAAGAAUUGGAUAAAUCUAUUGAUACUUAUCAGCAUAAUUCAAAAACGAUACCUGUCCUAUUGGAAAAAGUUAAAUCGCCUGCUGUUAUUGAACAAGGUACUGAUCCCACACAUCAAUCAGUUGAUCAAGAAAAUAUUGGUAAUGAAAAAAGAAGAAAAUUUCUCACUAAUAAAAACUAUUCAACUCUGAACCUGACCGUGGAGUACGUACCGGAAAAGGAAAAUGAAACUUGGAACAGUGAUUUUUACAAAAAAGUCAUGAAUUUGAAAACAGAAUCAUCACCUGAAUCUACAUGUCAAGUUACAACUGAAAAUCUAGUAGCCACAGCUCAAGCAACUGUAACAAGAGCAUUAAAAGAGUUAUGCAAUGCUAAUGACAUGGAAGAAAAAUUCCAAGAUCUAGAAAGUUCCAUCACUAAGCAAUUAAUUAACAUACGAAAUAUGAUAUUAAAUUUAGAAGAAAGAUUAGAAGAACAUGGUGAUACUGUGGUGUACAAUCAAAAAAAAUUAUCAAGUUCUUUAUCCAAAAGUUGCCCAGGAAGUUUGUCUGUUGGAAAUGGAGGAAAUUAUUUACCUAACUUUGAUUUAAAUAAUAAAAAUCAAAAAUCAAACUCUGGAAUAAAUGAUGACGUGUCAGAUGAAUCCGUUUCCGGUACAAGAGAUGCUGAAAUAAUAAAAUUUAACAGUAGCAUUCACAUAGAAACUGCUUUAAAUUCACCACCAAAAAAAGUUUUUACUUAUUAUUGGAAAAUAGGUGACAUGACACAUAAAUUAACAAGUUGGAAUCCACGAAAAUCCCUUCGGAGUCAAAGUUUUUACAUAUUUCCCAGCGGAUAUAGAAUGUACAUGAGAGUUUUCCCACGGAAAAAUGAAGAUAAUUUUUUUGUACGUGUUGGAAUCACAAAAGGAGAAUUUGACGAGUCAUUAAAAUGGCCAUUUCCACUUAAGCACAAAAUACACAUAUUGGAUCAAACGAAAGAAGGUCGUUUGUUUGAAGAUAUCGCUUCGAGGACUUGGGAUCCAAAUUUACUUUGCAGCGAUUUUAAUUGGCAAAAACCAGUUAAGGGUGACAAUCACGAAUGUACGGAAGUUGCAUUUCCUCAUGACGUACUCAGGCAGAGGGAAUAUAUAAGAAAAGAUACCUUGGUGUUAAAACUCACGGUGUACCUGGAAUCAUAA